AUGGAUGCGGCCGAAGAGCGCGCCUUUGACCUGGCGCUGCACCUUGCACAAAGCGAAGAACGCAAGGAUCCGUCGGAUGUAACUGCACCCGAUUUACUGAUUCUCAAUCAGCCAAUUAGCGACUUUGCUGUUUUUGCACAACUAUGGACUCGGUCGAGGUACCGAUUGUGCGCGGAUGGCGGUGCCAAUCGUCUGUAUGAUAUGUUCUGCGGUGAGCUUAAGGCGCGUAGAGACGAUUUUAUACCAGAUUCGAUUCAUGGGGACCUUGAUUCGUUGCGGGACGAUGUGCGAUCCUACUAUGCUAACCGUGGGGCUGAAGUUUCUCAAGAUCCCGACCAAUAUAGCACAGAUUUCGGGAAGGCCAUGCAGAAAAUCACUGCUAACCACUCUCCCGCAUCACUCGAAGCUCGAGAAGUUCUUGUGCUUGGGACUUUGUCUGGACGGGUUGAUCAAGGCCUUGGAAUGCUACAUGAGAUGAUCCGUGAAGAGACCAUGGAUCCCCGCUUGCGACUAUGGUUGUACUCUGAAACAAAUGUAUCCUUCAUCUUAAGGGAUUCCCAGAACGUUAUUAAGGGUGCGCUAUCAAGUCGAAGCUUUACUGAGAAUGUUGGCAUUCUUCCCGUCUAUGGUCCUGCAACAAUCAGUACGGCUGGUCUCGAGUGGAACGUCCAAUCCUGGCCAACACAGAUGGGACACCAAGUUAGCACUAGUAACCACGUGAAGGCAGACGAGAUACACAUCUACACGGAUACCCCAGUUCUCUUCACGAUAGAACGGGCGAGUAUGAGUACGGACGAUCGUGGAACGGCAGCGCAAUAA